CUGUCCUGCAGUCACAGUCAACCCUCCAUCUGCACAGCCGGAACCAGAGAGAGGAGACGCCAUGACCCUCACCCUCACAACCCUGCUCUGUCUCGGGACCCUCCCCAGACCCACUGUCUGGGCUGAGCCAGGCUCUGUGAUGCCUUGGGGGACAUCUGUGACCAUCUGGUGUCAGGGGGGCCUGGAAGUCCAGGAGUACCGCCUACAUAAAGAGGGAGAGUUAGAGACCUGGGACAGACAGAAGCCACUGGAAUCCAAAGACAAGGUCAAAUUCCCCAUCACACACAUGGCAGACAUAUAUGCAGGAAGAUACCGCUGUGACUAUCUCAGUCCCACUGGCUGGUCAGAGCCCAGUGACCCCCUGGAGCUGGUGGUGGUGACAGGAUCCCAGGGCAAACCCAGCCUCUCAGCUCUGCCCAGCCCUGUCGUGACCUCAGGAGGGAAUGUGACCAUCCAGUGUGCCUCACGGAUGGGAUUCCACAGGUUCAUCCUGAUGAAGGAAGGAGAGCGCCAGCCCUCCUGGACCCUGGGCUCCCAGCCAGCCCCCCAUGGGGGGUCCCAGGCCCUGUUCCCUGUGGGCCCUGUGACCCCCAGCCUCAGCUGGACGUUCCGAUGCUACAGCUAUUACAGCAACACCCCCCAGGUGUGGUCGGUCCCCAGUGACCCCCUGGAGCUGCUGGUCUCAGGUGUGUCGGGGAAGCCCUCCCUCCUGACCCAGCAGGACACUGUCGUGACCUCUGGACAGAGGCUGACCCUCCAGUGUCGCUCUGAUGUCGGCUACGACAAAUUCGCUCUGUCCAAGGAGGGGGCACCUGACCUUCCACGGCGGCUUAGCCGGCAGAUCCAGCCUGGGCUCUCGGGGGCAACCUUCUACCUGGGCCGGGUGAGACCCUCCCAUGGGGGCCGGUACAAGUGCUACGGUGGACACAACCUCUCCUCUGAAUGGUCGGCCCCUAGUGACCCCGUGGACAUCCUGUUGGCAGGACAGCUCUCCUACACACCCUCCCUUUCAGUGCAACCUGGACCCAUGGUGGCCCCAGGAGAGAAUGUGACCCUGCUGUGUCAAUCAUGGAGCUCUGUGCACACUUUCCUUCUGUCCAAGGAGGGGGCAGCCGAUCCCCCGCUGCGUCUUAGGUCACAGUACCGAGCUGGGCAGCACCAGGCUGAAUUCCGCAUGAGUCCUGUGACCUCAGCCCAUGGGGGGUCCUACAGGUGCUAUGGCUCCGCCAGCACCUCCCCCUACCUGUUGUCACAGCCCAGUGAUCCUCUGGAGCUCCUGGUCUCAGGACCCUCUACGGACCCCGGCCCUCCGACCACAGGCCCCUGGACCACAGGGCCAGGCUCGGCAGAUGGUCCCCACUGGUACCUGUACGCCCUCACUGGGGCCUCGGUGGCCUUCGUCCUGCUGCUUGGCCUCCUCGUCUUCCUCCUGGUCCGACACCGGCAUCGGGUCAGAUGCAGAAAGCCAGGGGCUGCAGACCCAGAGCCCAAGGACAGAGGCCUGCACGACAGCUCCAGCCCAGCCCCUGCCGCCCAGGAGGAGAGCCUCUAUGUUGCCAUGCAAGACAUUCAGCCUGAGGAGGGGGUGGAGCUGGACCAUCGGCAGAAGACACAAGAUGAAGACCCCCAGGGAACAACGUACGUCCAGGUGAGCCGGUCAAGAUCAAGACUCGGGUAUGGACUGGCCACUUCUCCUUCCCCCAUGUCGGAGGGACUGUUGGACUCAGAGGACAGACAAGCAGAGGAAAACAGACAGAUGGACUGUCAGGUGGGUCCCUUCUUCUCUGAGUUCCCAGGCAUCCCCCUCCUCAAUCACAAGCCUUCCCUCUCUUCCCCACUGCAGGUUGUUGCAUCUGACGCCCCCCAGGAUGUGACCUACGCCCAGCUGGACCCCUUGGCUCUCAGAUAGGAGACAUGGGCAUCCGCUCCUUCCCAAUCAGGGGACCCCCCCAGCAGAGCCCAGUGUGUAUGCUGCUCUGACCAUCCACUAGCCCCGGAGGGACCCAGACCUCAUACUCCAGAGAGGGGGACCACAGGGACCCUGGAAGGCACAGGAGCUGCCCACAGUGGGUGCCACCUAAUGACCCUAGCCAGCCUGGACUCCUCACAUGGACCAGUAAGAACUCCUGGGACCCCCUGGGAGUCACCAAUUCUGCCAUCAAAGAUUGUAAUAACCCUACACUUUGGAAAUCAAACCGACUUCCCAGUUACCCAUGAAAGAAAUGAGAAAAUCAAAAAGGAAACAAGAAAAUGUUUACACUGAAGGAUAAUGUAAAUGUUAUACAUCAAACCAGUGAAAUGGGAAAAUUAAGAACCAAGUCAAUGAUCUAAGCUAUUGUACCAAGAAUUUAGAAAAAGAAUAGCAAAUUAUUCCAAAUGAAGGUAGAAGAAGGGAAAUUAAAGUGAUAAGAGAAGCUACUAAUGAGGUCAAACAAAAAAAUAGAGAAGAAUCAAUGAAGCCCAAAAUGUUCAUUUUUGUAUAUAUUCAUCAUAUGUUGAAAUCCUAGUCACAAUGGCCAAGGAACAGAGAGAGAGAAGGCACACAACACAUCACCAGUCAGGACAGUAUCACAUCCUACACACUUUAAAUCGAUAACAGAGUUUAUUAUGUUCACUCUUAUUAAUUGUUAUUAUAUUAUGAACAAUUUUAUGCCAAAAUAUUAGAGAAGGUAGAUGAAACAGACAAAAUCCUCAGAAAUACAGGUUACCAAACUAACGGACACCAGGAUGAAUAGAAAAUCGGAAUCACUGUGUGUAAAACGCAGUGAGUAUGCAGUUAAAGUUUUUCCCACUAAAGUGGUGAACUGAGUCUGGAAAGUUUCACUGGUGAAUGCCCCCAAAUACUGAAGCACUUGUGAAAUAUACACACACGAGCACAUGGACACACCUACACUUGUGAAUAUGUGAACACACGCACACUUGUGGACAUGUCUACACGCAUGAACAUGUAGCACACACGAACACACACGUGCACAUACACAUACCGAACUCACACAGGCUUCCCCUGAGAAUAGAGAAAGAUGGAGUACUUCCCCAGCCCGUUUUAUCAGGCCUGAAAAAACAAAAAUUGACAUGAGAAUCUGACGAGAAGAACCAACCAAUUAAGUAAAGGGGGGAAAACGUGCUAAGUACUGAAUGGAUAGACUAGGGACUCCAGCCUGGCUGUUUCCACCUGGACACCCCCUGCUGAUGAGACUGGGUGCUGUAAGUGCCCAAUUCGACGUUACUUUGCCUAAUUCUCAUUUGUUGCCUACUAUUACCUUCAUCGAUGUGUGGAAUCAUUUCCUCUUCUAUUCCUCUUCCUUAAGCUCCUUGGAGGAACUAUCUUAAGCAUCCUGACUUGGGUUCUCUUAGGUUUCUAUAAUAAUAAUGUUUUCUUUCCUUCUGGAAACUGAAUGAAUGAAUGAAUAAAUAAAUAGUAUGAUUAUUCAUGGA